GAAGAGUCGAUAGACGAGGGAGGGCGUUGAAAUUGAACGAAGCUACGGCAAGAACACAAAACACAGUCACAGAGUCUUGUUCUCAAUUCAUUUCAAUGGCCAAAGUCACCACCACUUCCCAUUUUCUCAAAUCACUUCACUCACUCUCCUUUUUCAGACUCACCUCUUCACUAGCAACAGAACUCGCCUCAUUAAUCGAACAAAACUCUUCUCCCGCCAAAACCACUAACCCUAAACCCCAAACUCGUAUGCAACUUAAACGAUUCCUCGAGCUCCGAAUCAAAAAACGAGUCAAAUCACAACUCUCUCACCACGACGGUAAAUUCCACAACUUAAUCCAAAACGUCGUUUCAAAUCCCCAAACCCUCUUAGACGCUUACAACAUCAUCAAAAUCAACUCCAACAUCGUAACCGUUUCCGCAAAUUCCGCUGAAAAUAAAGCCGAAGAUAACGGAGACGGUUAUUUCCUCAAUGACGUGGCACAAUGCCUUAACGAAGGUAGUUUUGAUGUGAAUGCGAAUACUUAUUCGAUUUCGACGAGAAAGAAGAAGAAGAGAAGAGGAUUUGAUGAGAAGGAGGAAGAGAUGUUGAUGUUGGAUUUGGUGCUUCCUAAUUUGAAGCUGAGAGUUGUUCAGGAAGCGUUGAGGAUUGUUUUAGAAGUGAUUUUUAAGCCGAAUUUCUUGAAGAUUUCGCACGGUUGUCGGAGUGGAAGAGGACGUGUGGCGGCGUUGAAGUAUAUAUGUAAAAGUGUGGUGAGUCCUGAUUGGUGGUUUACUUUGCUAGUGGAGAAGAAAAUUGAUGGAUUAUUGAUGGAGAAGUUGGUUUGUGUAAUGGAGGAUAGGAUUGAGGAUGGUUGUUUGUUUGAUUUGAUUAGGAGUAUGUUUGAUGCUAGGGUUUUGAAUUUUGAGUUUGGUGGUUUUCCUAAGGGAGAUGGUUUGCCUCAAGAAGGGAUUUUGUCUCCGAUUUUGAUGAAUAUUUAUCUUGAUUUGUUUGAUAGUGAGUUUCAUAGGUUGUCGAUGAAAUAUGAAGGUGUGCGCGGCGGUGGAGAGGUUAUUGAUGGUGAUAAGCCGAGCUCUGCAUUGCGCAGUUGGUUUAGGAGACAGUUGGGUGGUAGUAGUAAUGGUGGUGUUGGUGUUGUUGAGAGUUCUGGUGUUAAAGUUUACUGUAUUAGGUUUAUGGAUGAGAUUUUUUUCGCGGUUUCUGGUUCUAGGGAUUGUGCUGUUAGUUUUAAGUCUGAGAUUGAGAAUUAUUUGAAAGAGUCUUUGAUGUUGGAUGUUGGGGAUCGGACCAAUGUGUUGCCUUGUGUAGGGGCUGGUAGCGGUGUUCGGUUUUUGGGGAGCUUGGUAAAGAGGAAUGUUGAAGACAGUCCUGCUGUGAAAGCGGUUCACAAGAUGAAAGAUAAAGUUGAAAUGUUUGCCUUGCAGAAGCUUGAGGUUUGGAAUUAUGGGACGGCUAGAAUAGGGAAGAAAUGGUUGGGUCAUGGUUUGAAGAAAGUGAAAGAAUCAGAGAUCAAACAUUUAGCUGAUAGUAGCUCGCUUCUUAGUCAGGUUUCGCGUUUCCGAAAGUCCGGGAUGGAAACUGAUCAUUGGUAUAAGCAGUUGUUGAAGAUAUGGAUGCAGGAUGUUGGAGUGAAAAAUGCCAAAAGUGAAGAAAAUGUCUUGUCUAAGUUAGUUGGAGAGCCGGCACUUCCGCAAGAACUAACAGAUUCGUUUUACGAGUUUAUGAAACAGACAGAGAAGUAUAUAUCUACAGAGGCAGAUUCUAUUAUCAAGCUGCUGCCGAAUAAUAACAGCUCGACAGAACAGGUAAUAGCUAAAACCGAGAUCAUUGCUCCUGUCUAUGCCAUAAAAAAGCGUCUCGAGAGGUAUGGAUUGGCUACACCAGAUGGUUUUGCACGAUCUGCUAAUUUGCUUGUCAUGCACGAUACUAGUGAAAUUAUUGACUGGUUUUCGGGGAUUGCUUGCCGCUGGCUGAAAUGGUACGAGAACUGUGCUAACUUUAAUGAGAUAAAGCUUUUGAUAUCUGAUCAAGUUAGGAAAUCAUGCAUUCGUACUUUAGCAACAAAGUAUCGGAUACAUGAAUCGGAGAUAGAAAAACGGUUUGAUGAAGAACUUAUCAGGCUUCCACCAACACAGGACGCAGAGAAGGAGACAAUGAAUGAAGAAUUGGGUGUUGAAGUUUUUGACAACGACGAGGCGUUAAUGUACGGAAUCACAUAUAGUGGUUUGUGUUUGUUGUCUCUGGCAAGAAUUGUGACUGAAGCAAGACCGUGUAAUUGUUUUGUAGUAGGGUGCUUAGCUUCAGCACCAAGAGUCUAUACUCUUCAUGUAAUGGAAAGACAAAAGUCUCCAAGCUGGAAAACUGGGUUUUCGACCUGCAUUCAUCCAAGCUUAAAUAAACGGCGAUUAGGGUUGUGUAAGCAGCAUUUGAGGGAUUUGUAUCUUGGUCAUAUAUCACUUCAGUCCAUUGACUUUGGUGCAUGGAAGUGAUUGUUUUCAGUUUUAUGAUCAGAAACUUUAUCAGGAUGGUUUGAACUUUGGUCAUCUUGUAUUGCUUCAUUUCAUUGAAGAUGAAGGUUCUAUUGGAAGCGAGUUGCAUUGCAGAGAUGGGAUUCAAUCCUUACUACUUGUUGGCCGAUUUUAUAAAGGAAUAAAGAUAAACAAAUCUAUUAUCUCUGUCUUUGACGGAUAUCAUGCGCGCGACUUGGUCAAAUCUACAGAUCAGAUUACUUUGUGCGUUUCGUUAUAUGUUGCUUUGUAAUAGGCAAACAUGUUACCUUGGAGAUCUUGCUGCAUAUAUCAAAUUAAGAUGGAUCAUUUGACAUGAAUAAUCACUUGUUUGAGCUGAGGCAGUUGCCCAAGGUGUAAAGUAACAUAUUGUCAUCCUACAUCAGGUAUCCGUUGGUUGGUGUGGAUAGAUUGACGUAUCCAAAGGCGUUAGGAGGGAUGGGUUUCCGAGACUUUCAUGCUUUCAAUAUGGCCAUGGUUGCUAAACAAGGAUGGCGAAUCGUUCAAAACCCGGAUUUUUUGGUGGCCAAAGUACUUAAAGCUAGGUUGUUGAUUGUUGGACAGCUGCUGGCCUUUAUGAUGUUAUAUAUAACAGGUUGUCAAGUUUCAACAAUGUUGCAGAAUUAUUACUUAAUAUAUGCAACCAUGAAGAUGAAAACACAGCGGGUCGCGUUGCGAUGCUUAUUUGGUGCAUUUGGCAAAAUAGGAAUGAUAUGAUUUGGAACAACCACAGCAACACAGCGCUGCAGGUCGGGCAGCAGGCCUUUCACGCAUGGCAGCAGUGGUUUGACGCGCAGAAAUUGCAUAAUCGCGUGGUGCAACAACCAGCAGAGCAGCAGAGUGUCCGAUGGCUCCAGCCACCAGUUGGGUGGAUCAAAUGUAAUAUCGACGCGGGAAUUCUUCCAAGAUAUUAGUACCACUUCAGUAGCCAACUGUUUUCGACAAAGUAACAGACUGUUUUUAAGUGCAGAAACUCGUUGUUACAACUCGAAUUUUACAACGUUGGAAGGAGAAGGCUUGGCACUUCAUAUUGCGGUUCAUUUUGCUAUUAGUCAAGGGUGGGAUUAUGUUAUUUUUGAAGUGAUUCCCAAUUUUUAGUUACUGCUAUUACUUCUAAUAAUGUUGGGAUAAGUUUGUACGGAGACAAGCGAAUAUGGUUGUUCACUCUCUUGCGAGAGCUGCGAUUUAUUGGGCUAGUCACCGGUCUUUUGAUUUUGUACCUGAAUCUCUGAUUAAUAAUGAAAUGAGUUAAGGUACUUGAUUAAAAAAAAGUUUCAAAUUGUUGAAUGCAUUUUUUCUUAAUAGAGUACUUGAACUUCAAAAU